CUCUCUCUCUCUCUCUCUCUCUCUCUCUCUCUCUCUCUCUCUCUCUCUCUCUCUCUCUCUCUCUCUCUCUCUCUUUCUCUCAAAUCUAUCGUCAGCAACAAAACUAAUAUAUGUUUUCACCUUUCUGCUUCCAACAUACAGUAAUGAAUCAGCUACCUUGAUUCAUCUUUGUAAUUGUUCCGAGUGUAUGACUGAUUUUAGUUUCUCAGUAAUACGUACGGAUUAUUAGCAAUGCCAGAAAUACGUACGGAUUAUUAAUCCAUCGUUGUAUCAUACAUGUGUAUUAAUGUUUUCACACGAAUUUCCAUAUGAAAUACUCUGAUUUCCCACUUUUCCGUCGCAAAUUUCCGAAGCAAUUGCAAUUGUUUUUAGUAGUGAUGUGUAUUAAUGUUUUCACACGAAUUUCCCUAUGAAAUACUCUAAUUUCACACGGAUUCUCAUCUAUGUGUGAUGGAGGUUUUUCUAGUAGUGUUCGUCCCUCCUUUAGGAGACCAAGAUCUGAAAUCUGAUCAAUAUACGGUUCUCAGAUCAAUAAUGCGCUUUGUGAAAUCGUUUUAAGAUUAUUUUCUCUUAUCUUAUUACAUUUAACACACGGUUUAUCAUAGAAUAAGGAUUGUAGUGGGAUGGUAAUGGGAGUUACAGAUGGGUACUGAGCUUGAAAACGAUUCAAGAUGAAUUCAAAUUUCGAUAUAAACCCAGACUUUGAUAUAAACUCGGUGAGCAAAAUUGAAUCAACCCAACCAAAGAUCAACGCCCACUCCACCGACAACCAGCCCCCCUAUACAUUAAUUUCUAGCUUGCGUGGUUGGGUAUGGAUUUGUAGCGGUGAACAAAACGUGCAGUGUUGAUCAACGUGGUUAGGUAUGGAUUUGUAGCAGUGAAUAAAACGUGCGGUGUUGAUCAACGUGGUUAGGUAUGGAUUUGUAGCAGUGAAUAAAACGUGCGGUGUUGAUCAACGUGGUUAGGUAUGGAUUUGUAGCAGUGAAUAAAACGUGCGGUGUUGAUCAACGUGGUUAGGUAUGGAUUUGUAGCAGUGAAUAAACGUAACGUGCGGUAUGGAUUUGGGUAGGUGUUGAUUGUUGAAAGGGCAGGAGGAACGUGUUCCUGCUUUUUCUUUUCAUGCAAAGUAUCAUCUGUCCAAAUUGAAAAGUAGUCAACGAGGUUAAAGGGGUAGAUGUGUAAGUGUCGUAACUCCACUCUCUAAAAAUUAUAACACUCCGCCAGCCAUACAGUCACGUAGCUUUACUACUACUAGAUAUAGCUAAACACGAUGACACAGCCCAUACCAUCACCGCUGCAGAAGCUCCACGGCAAGGUGGCCAUCGUCACCGGCGCAGCCAGCGGUAUCGGAGCAGUCACGGCGCGCCACUUCGCAGACCACGGCGCUCUCGCCGUCGUGAUCGCUGACGUCCAAGACGCCAAGGGCCGAGAAGUGGCUGCAUCGAUCGGCUCCCACCGCUGCACCUACGUCCACUGCGAUGUCACCGACGAGGAUCAGGUCAAGUCCCUGGUCGAGUUCACGGUCAAGCACUACGGCAGCCUCGACGUCAUGUACAGCAACGCGGGGAUACCCAGCGCUUCGGCGCAGACGGUGCUGGAGCUCGACCUGUCCGGGUACGACAGGGUGAUGGAGGUGAACGCGCGCGGAAUGGCGGCUUGUGUGAAGCACGCGGCGCGUGCGAUGGUGGAGAAGGGUGUGAAAGGGAGCAUAGUGUGCACGGCUAGCUUUUUGGCUGACUGCGGGUCGGAGAGCGUGACGGACUACACGAUGUCGAAGCACGCGGUGCUGGGGCUUGUGAGGUCGGCGAGCGUGCAGCUGGCGCCGCUUGGUGUGCGCGUGAACUGCGUGUCGCCGAGUAUUGUGGGGACGCCGUUGGUGGCGGAGUCUUUUAAGAUUGGGGCGGAAGAGCUGAAGGAGAUGAUGGAAGCGGUUUAUAUCGGAAGAGAUGGGCCGCUGAUGGAGAAACAUGUGGCGGAUGCGGUGGUGUUUUUGGCGUCUGAGGACUCGGCGUUUGUCACCGGCCAUAAUUUGGUGGUUGAUGGUGGAUUUGGCAUCAAGUCCUUAUCAGUAUUGAAACCAUGAUCUACUUGAUUUGCAUCUCAGCUCGAUCACUAUCGAGUACUAGCUAGUCGUGUACGUACUUGUCUGGAAAACCUAUAUGGAAAGAGUUUUGCCUCUUUGUAAUAGGAAUAAAUCACACGCAGUUGUCUUCACUCUUUGAUUUUGGUUUAUCUGGGUGUUCACCGGUGGGAUUCAUCCCCUCCUUCUGCCAAUUGUUGUUUCAGUUUUUAACUGCUAACAAAUUGAGUAGAGGUGAUCGAAUUACUUUGAAUCUUCAAGUUGCUGUUAAGCACCAUCAUGCAAUUAUAGACCUCUGACAUCAAAUCUGGGUUGUUACUUGUUAGAGGCAGUGCUAUUAUAAUUAGUCAAAAGUAUCGUUUGUUAAUGCUAGUAGUGAAACAACUCAGUGUAAAAGAGGAAAAGCAAAAAGAAUUGCACGAAUAAGUUGAACUCGACUAAAGUUGAGCUUAAUAUACCCACACACACACAAACACACGAAUUAAUUCACUUCGUUCCAUAGUAAUGAGGAUUCGACAUGUAAAGUAAUGAGUUCUUAUAAAUAAGUCAUUGACAUAUAUCUCAUAUAUAAUAUUUCAUUUCUUCAUUAAAUUUCAUGCAAAGGGAGAAAGGGGAGAUUUUUCCUAGGUUUUGUUUAGAAGGGAUAUUUUACAGUAUUAGAAAAUUGCCCAUAGAACAUUGAUUUGGGCCACUAUUUGGAAAGAGUGGUUUUUGAGAAUAAUUUGUCACCACUAAUCGGAUCAGUGAGUUGUUAUGAGGCUUGGCACCGAAUGUGGGUGGCCCAAUGCUGAAGCUAAACAGCUUCCAAUAUUUACAAUUUUUGCCCCUCUAGGACAUCUCUUGUCAGCAAUACCAUCCCGGCCCCCUCACAUGGCUAUAAGGUAUGGCAGCAAGCUUCUACUAUAAGAUUGGAGCCAGAUCGACUUCACUUCAUCAAAAUAUGACUCUUGCAAAGCAUCAGAUAACUUCUACUUCAACAAUUUUCAAGGAACCGAAUUUAAUUCAUAGUAUAUAGAUAAACCCUAACUUUCUCUUCUAGUGGAUUGAAGAACCGGUUCCCUUGGCUGCAUUUUAGUGUUCGCAGGAAAGAGGUUUUCCGAAGUAAGGAAAGAAAUAAGAGCAAAAGGAAGGAGAUAUGUGCAAUCGAUGGAGAAUUGUGGACUCUUGAUGAAUCAAGGAAGUUUAAGGCAAUAUGAAGGAAAAGAUAUUCAGCAAUUAAUUCUCUUAGCUAGCUGCUCCUAUUGGAUAGAAGGAUGUCAAUGAUAGGAUUCAAUCAGAACAUAACUAAGGGGAUUACCGUUGAAGCCAAGGAGGGAGAGUCCCAAAAGGAAAGAAGGAAAGAGUUACAAACUGAAUAAAAUCUCUCCUUGGACGUUGAAGAACCAGAUCAUCUCACAUACGAAGAAGCAUAGAUGUACCAGA